AUGGAACGCAUCUCCUUCGUUUUUACGGUCGCACUGUCCAAUGGCAGGCUCUCGAGGCUUGCUCCGCCCACCUCCCCCUUCCGCGCGCUACAGGCGGCACCAGCGCCCGCCCGCCCACUUCUCUCGCCUAAUCGCCGGGGCGCUCCUCAGUGCUCGCCCCACCCGCUUUGCGCCCGACACUGCCCGGCUCUCCGCACGCCCGCCUCCGCUUCUCUCUGCCAUUCGGUAGCAGGGCCUCCCAGUGCUUGCUCCCGCUUCUGUCCAGUCGGCUGGCUUUCCUGGUGCGUUGAGUCUGGUCCUUCCACGGGUGACUCUGGGAAGGGAAGCUUUGUGAGUGCCAACGCACGAGCCCGUGUGCAGGCAGCCGCGGACAACGCACUGUCCCAUGUCACAGUGGGCUCGUGCCAGCGCAGGGGCACAACGAUGCAGGACCUGCCCCGCCAAAAACUCAGGGCCUCUGCUGGCCUGGGAGAGGGGGUCAGCCACGGGCACAAGGCCUGCCCGUCCGACCAUGCUGACUGUUCCCUGCCUCGCGGAGAAAAUGCUCGGGGGAUGUUCCUGGUGUUCCUUCUCAAUGACACCUGGUUUCACCCCUCCUCCUUUCUUUUUUUUUUUUUUUUUUAUUUGGAAUCCCUCCAUAUCUGGAUUGGCUUUCCUUUUUGUGCUGUGCACAUGGUUGCACGAAUAGGGAACUUCACCAUUCUGUUGGUGAUCAAGACCGAGAGCAGCCUACACCAGCCCAUGUUCUACUUCCUGGCCAUACUAGCUACCAUUGACGUGGGCCGCUCAACAGCUACCAUUCCUAAGAUGCUUGGAAUCUUAUGGAUCAGCUACAGAGAGAUCAUCUUUGAAGCCUGUCUCACCCAGAUGUUUUUCAUUCAUAACUUUACACUUACGGAGUCAGCAGUCCUUUUGGCAAUGGCUUAUGAUCGCUGUGUGGCCAUCUGCAACCCACUCCGAAAUAGCACCAUUCUUACCAAUAAGGUUGUUUCUGUGAUUGGUCUUGAUGUGAAUGUGAGAGCGUUUAUUUUUGUCACUCGAUUUAUGUUUCUAAUUUUGCUGUUACUCGUCUGUGGGACUCGCCUUGCUCGUCUCUCUUGUGCCAGUAUCAAGAUCAAUAUUAUCCAUGACUUGGGUGCCGUUUCAAUCCUCGUGUUUGACACGAUAGCCAUUGUUCUUUCUUACAUCCAGCUAAUCCAUGCUGUUUUCCGCCUUCCUUCUCAUGAAGUCUGACUCAAGUCCCUCAGCACAUGUGGUUCCCAUGUUUGUGUAGUCCUUGCCUGCUAUACACCAGCCCUCUUUUCCUUUGUGACACAUCACUUUGGCCAGAAUGUGCCCCGCUGUAUCCGUAUACUCCUGGCUGAUCUUUAUGUUGUAGUGCCACCAAUGCUCAGUCCUGUCAUAUACAGAGUCAGAACCAAGCAGAUCGAUGACCGUGUGAAGAAAAUAUUAUUGCAGAAGCAAGGAAUUGAAAAGGAAUAG